UCGAAUCCCUAUAAUUGAAGCAAACUGAGUUUCAAGCGUUAACCGGAGAGCACCCCGAAAAGAUGAAGCGAGCAAAGGUAGCAAUCAUCGCAACACCCGCCAUCGGCAACCUUGUUCCUGCCGUGGAAUUUGCAACCCACCUCAUCAACCACCAUCACCGUUGUAUCUCCGUCGCAAUACUCGUAAUUUCCAUGCCUCAAAGGCCACUCAUCGACGACUACGUCAUAUCACGAACCUCCACCCAACAUAUUCGAUUCAUCCAAAUCCAUACUGUUGACCCACCGCCGCCAGAUCAAUAUCACUCCACCAUCGAAUUCAUUUCUCUCCACAUAGAAAACCAUAAACCCAAUAUCAAACAAACACUAAAAAACCUCAUGGAUGUCGACGCCGUUCCUGACUCCGUCCCGGUACCACUCGUCGGAUUAUUCAUCGACAUGUUUUGCACUUCGAUGAUUGACGUCGCCAAUGAUUUAGGCAUUCCGAGUUACCUAUUCUUCACGUCUCCUGCAGCUUAUCUUGGCUUCGUACUCCACCUCACAACCUUUCCGGCCACCGAGUCUAUAAGCUUGGCGACUGAGUUAACAGUACCGAGUUACGCCAACCCAGUUCCGCCUAACGUCCUUCCAUCAUUCUGCAUCAAGAGAAAGGAAUCAGGUUACUCAACGUUUAUACAUCACGCGCUUAGGUACAAAGAGACCAAGGGUAUUGUUGUAAAUACGUUUCAAGAGCUCGAACCCUACGCGCUCGACUCUCUGUCUUCCUCUAAAUACUUCGGUUUGCCACCGGUUUACCCGGUUGGGCCGAUAAUUGAUCAUUUUGGACCAGCUAAGUGGCACCCAAACCGUUCCGGGCAGGAAAAGAUCAUCGGAUGGCUCGACCGGCAGCCAUCGGGAUCCGUUGUUUUCCUAUGUCUUGGUAGCAUGGGGAGCUUAAGCCGCACCCAGGUGAGAGAAAUUGCAACUGGUCUGGAGCGAACCGGCUACCGGUUCUUGUGGACACUUCGUGAACCGGCCAAAGCAAAGCUAGAGCUUCCAAAUGAUUACAAGGAAUUUGAUGAAAAUUUGUUUCCCGAUGGAUUCAUCGAUCGGACGGCUGAAACGGGGUUGGUCUGCGGGUGGGCCCCACAGGUGAGUGUGCUGGCACAUGAAGCAAUUGGUGGGUUUGUGUCACAUUGUGGAUGGAACUCAAUUUUGGAGAGUCUAUGGUACGGUGUACCGAUUGCCACGUGGCCUUUAUAUGCAGAGCAACAGUUGAAUGCAUUUGAGAUGGUAAAGGAGAUUGGAUUGAGCGUGGAGUUAAGGUUGGAUAGUAGAGAUAAGAGCAGCGAUCUGGUGUUGGCGGAGGAGGUGGAGAGAGGUGUGAGGGAGUUGAUGGACGGUCGUGAUGGUGAGUUACGGAGAAAAGUCAAAGAAAUGAGUGAGAAGAGCAAGAACGCUUUGAUGGAAAAUGGAUCCUCUUUCGGAUCUUUAGGAAAUUUAAUCGAUAUCCUCUUUUCCAACGUUUGAGUCGAUCCAUGAUAACAAUUUAUGAUUCAAUAAAA